AUGCCCGGUUCGAAGCCUACCCCAACGUUGGCAGCGGCGACGAAGACGACGCGUGCGCCAACCGUCACUUCCACCCAUAGCGAGAAUGCGAGCAAGACGGCCAACAAAUUACACAAGCGAUCGCGCUCAGGCUGCUUUACAUGUCGUUUGAGAAGGAAAAAGUGCGAUGAAGGCCACCCCUCAUGCAAAGCUUGUAUCAACCUCAAUUUGAAAUGCGAGUAUAAGCGACCAAUGUGGUGGGCCAGUGCGGAGCAGCGGCGGAUGCAAAAGGAGCGAGUCAAGAACAAAAUCAAACACACCAAGACCCUGGAGAGGCGCGGGUCACAAGGUAUGCGUAAAAAUAGUCUAGGUCAAGUCAUGUAUCUGACUUAUCCUUUGCACUCAGAAAAUGGUGAGCAUGCUCAUCUUUCACAAACCUCUCCAUCGCUCUCUGGGGAAGGUGACUUUAUCCAUCCGUCGUUUGUCGAGCCUUACGAUCCCUUCAUCAACAAUAUGCCAACGACCGCAUUUCCAACCCAUGCUUACCCAGCCCAUUACGCUCCUUACGAAAUUGACGUUCGCACUGAGCGCCAAACGUUUGUUAAUGAUGUCCCUCUGCGACACGACUCUUCUGUCUCUACAUAUAGUGCGAUGGGCCCACCACAGCUUCACGCUACGCUCCCUACCUUCCAUGGAGACGAAUGGUUGAAAGAGGAGUGUUUUAAUCAAGCUGGGGUAUACGGGCCCCUGGAUCCCUCGAUUGUCCAGCACAACAGUUAUUCCAUGGCACCACAUAUAGACACUGCAGCUAUUCCUGUCGAUGAGCAUGAUCGCGCAUUCCUUGAUCACUUCGUCGAGAACGUCCUACGAAUGAUUUUUCCAAUUAUCGAGGUUCACCAACUCGGUGCCGCUCGCGCGAGAUCAAUUUUGCAUUCGCUUGAAACGAACAAAUCUUACCUCCAUUGUUGUCUGAGUGUUUCGGCAAUUCACCUGAAAACCACAGUGGGCCUAAGUGCAGAGCAGAUUGAUCAUGAUAUUAUGCGACAUCGAUACGAAGCGAUUGCCCAGUUGUGCCAGGCUCUCAAUCAUGACACCGAACAUGAGCAGAUUCUAGAUGCGACUCUCGCCAUGAUUUUCUUCCAUUGCUCAGUCGGAGCACCUGAUGACUGUUUGCCAGACAUUCCAUGGGACGAUCAUUUCCAAGCGGCUUCAAAUUUGGUGAACCGGCUAGAGCUGCCAAGCUCCUCCGUUCGCACGGCUGAUUCUGGCGUAAUUACGCCUUUCAGUAUGACAAUGACUACUUGGAUUGACAUCCUCGGUGCAACUAUUCUCGGGAAAACACCACAGUUUGCUCAUUCUUACCGGUCCAAGCACCUCACUGGUACUCCGUCUGGCCUGCGCGAGUUGAUGGGAUGUGAUGACAGGAUAAUGUAUCUCAUAUCUGAGAUUGCCUGCUUGGAUUCAUUGAAGCUUGAAGGGCGUAUAAAUGAGCUUACUCUCUGCCAACAUGUUUCUGCGCUUGGCGCACAACUCGAGCAUACCGAGCCCGCCGAUCCAGCACUUGGGCACCCAUACACGCCUAAUGGUGCUUUCCGGCCUGAUAUCUUGACAAAGUCUAUGAGCACAAUAUUCCGCAUUGCGGCCCGGAUUUAUCUGUGCAGCCUUGUUCCUGGCUUCGAUCGAAAUCAGCCCAGCAAUGUGAACCUUGUUCUAGCUCUUACAAGCGCGCUCCAGUUCAUUCCAGCUGGCCCCUACGGUUUCGACAGGUCGCUGGUAUGGCCCUUGCUUAUGGCAGGUGCAUUUUCAACCCCCGAAAGCUCGUUUCGCAGCGUUCUCGAAGAGAGAGCAGCAGCUUUAGGAGAAAUUGGGGACUUUGGUAGCUUUGGCCGAAUGUAUCGUGUGUUGCACGAAGUAUGGCGCCUGUCGGACGACUGCUCCACUUCUGAGCCUGUGGCAACGGAGCAAACCCAUGCGAGCGGCUUGGGCUUCAAGCAAGAAAGCUCCACUUCUCCAGAGCUGGGAAGUCCAGGAAUGCGCUCCAUCAAAAAGCAGAACGUGCAUUGGCGAGAUAUUAUGCACCGCAACGGCUGGAGAUAUCUGUUACUGUAA